AUGAUAAGAAGAGGGCUAAAAUCUGCUGGCUGCGUAUUAAAUGUUUAUGAAAAAGAGUCAGAAAAUGCUAAAAGAUUUAAACACGAUUUUCUUUUAACUCUAAGUACUCAUGUUCCAUUAAUCCAUGUUCAUGUUGCCAUAGGUAGUAAGAUCCGUGUAUGCAAUGCAAAGGGUUUAGCAUGCUUAGCUCAGUAUGACACCUUGAUAUUCAAACUGCAAGGAAGGGUUGGAAAUAACUCUCAUAACUGCGGCUGUUUUUUAAACUGCGAAGAUCUCAAUUUUAAAAAGGACAAGUCCUCUAUCACUCCUUGGGUUCGGCCCUUGUCCUGCAACACUCGGAUGCGUUGGGCAGUGGAAAAAUACAACCGAGUGCGACUCCGCCGAGACGUUAUCUACAGUUAUGAUGAUUUUCUUGUUUCCAUUGGUGGCACUGCUGCACUCUUUCUGGGAUGUAGUCUCCUCACAUUUGCUGAAUUUCUAUACUUCUUUACAUUGCGUCUCUUUUGUUUUGUCCGUCAGCACAGGCUCUCUGAAUCAAACCUAAAAACUACUAAAUUAAUUGUUCCUCUAAACAAUUAACUUGAGUACCAAUAACCUCAUAAUCCCAAAAAAAAAUAAAAAAAAAAAAAUUAAAAAAAUUAAAAAAAAAAAAUUCAGUAACCAACAGAGGAAGGAGCGAAUAUUGUGAGUAAUGAAAAAUGAACAAGCUAGUCCCGCAGGUUUUAAGUAUUCUCUCGAGUGGGAAAAAUGGUCUGGGACUGUAGACAUGACGUUUUUAUUCCUUUUUGGUGGGAAAGAGGGCAGAGGAGGUACUAAAAUGUGAUUCAGACAUGAUGCAUACGUUUGCUGAGGGUUCAUUUCUUGUUGACUACAACUGAAAAUCCUAACUAUGAAGUUAUGAAUAAUUAAUAAUCCAUGAAUUUGAUUUACCUAUCAAUCGCAGAUUUAGUAUCAGGCAAAAAAACUCUUAAACUGUGGCUUACUGCAAGUAACAGGAUGGUAGAUUCAGUUUUUGUUUAGUAUUUGGCUCGAAUUCUAAUUUUUGGCCUCAGUUUUCCCACAGAAUAGUGCGCAUCCAGCACACUUCUAACAUACUGUUACUUUAGUAUCUUAGGUGUACUAUUUUUACAUUGUAUUUUGUAUAAGUAGAAUCUCCUACUUAUGGGAGCCACAUGGUGCCUUUCAUAGAUUGUGCAUCUUUCUACUUAAUUCUACCCAAAAGUUUAAAUUUUUAGUCCUUGAACUGAGAAAGACAGCAAUAUUCUGAACGAGAUGGAGAACACAGCAUUUUUUUUCUGUCUUCUUCCUCUUUUUUCCCAUUUUUCCGUGGGCAGAAAAUUCAAUUUUUACUCUAGUUCACUUGGAAUAUUUCUUUAUCAAUAAUUGUGAAUUUGUUGGUAGGUGGUUAAACAGUCCAAGUCAGUUCUACAAUUAUCAAUUAAAUAUCGAAGGUCGACCUUGGGAUGAACAAACAAUAGAAAAAUUAAACGUGCAUAAAACUUA